CAAAAUGCUGUCACUGCGAAUCAGUUAGGAUUUGCAAGUGCGUGGAAAAACAAUCCGAAGGCCACGGUUUCGUAAGUGUCCCCGUGAUCGUGUUGAAAGGCUUGGAAUUAUAAAAGAAGUUUUCUUGCUCGAUUAGCGGAGCACAGUGCAUCAAAAUAGUGGUUUUUCAGCAGAAGCAGCAACAAUCGUGCGUGGAAAGUAGUAAAGCAGGCUUUACGUCAAUUUUCACCUGGACAACGAUUCACUAAACGGCCUCAAAACGGAGCACAUAACGAAAAUGAUGGAUUUUAGCGGUGGGGCCUACGGUGGAGGCAAAGCAGGCGGAGCAUUCGAUCCCAUCACCUUUGUGAUGCGACCAACAGUGAUCCUGAGGGCAGUCUGUUGGCUUUUCGCGAUUAUCGUUUUUGGCUGCAUAUCGUCUGAAGGCUGGCGGGAAGAAAAUGGUAAGGAAUAUUGCAUAAUCAAUCGCGACACCAAUGCUUGUAACUAUGCCGUCGGAAUCGGUGUGAUCGCUUUCUUGGCCUCCAUGGGAUUCAUUGCGGGCGAGUAUCUAUUCGAGCAGAUGUCAUCGGUUAAAACACGGAAACAUUACGUCCUAGGCGAUCUUGGAUUCUCUGCAUUAUGGACCUUCUUGUACUUUAUCGGAUUCUGUUACUUGACCAACGCGUGGGGCAAAGCGGAAGACCCGCCAAAUGGUGAGGGAGUGAACAAUGUCCAGGCUUCCAUCGUAUUCUCGUUCUUCUCGAUCUUCACUUGGGCCGGCUGUGCAUACUUCGCGUAUCUGCGCUUCAAAGCCGGCGUGGAUCCAUCAUUCUCGUCCACGUACGAGUCGGAUCCGAAUGCCACAACGCAGUACUCGGCCUAUCCAGUAGGCGGAGCUGACAGCGAACAAUUCCAGUCGGCACCGUUCGGUGGUCAGCAACAGCAGCAGCAGCCAGCUGGUGACUUCAAUGCUCCCACCUACUAGACAACCACCAAAAAUCUUACCCUAGACCGUUGACCUCUAACGGCAAACCAUUAUUAUAUAGCAGAGAGAUCCAGAAGAUCGGUAAUCAGUGCAAUGAUGUCGAAAGAAGAAGCUUUGGUAGACAUUCGUCGCGGAUCAGCUAUUUUUAUAAGUGGUAAUCCCAAGCUGCUUUGCAGCUCCAAACGGCAAUUACUAUAUUAGAACGAAAAAAAACCGCAAAUCGUAUUAAUCAGAUUUCCAAUGCAUUGUGCAGAAACAUUUUAAAAUUGUCACAUGUGGAGUAAUACAUAGCAACUGAAAACAAAUAUUUUCGCUCAGAAUAAUAGAAAGUGUAACUCAAACAAAAAGCUUUACACCAACAUACACUGUUACAUCCUACAUCAACACACAAUCUGGUCGAAGCAUUGACGUGAAAAAAAAACUGGCAAAAAAACAAAUAAAUUAUUCAAACAAAGACAUUUAGAAAGUAUUGUUAGUUUACAAUAACAACUAAAAACUAAUCCUUAAGUAAACAUAAAACCAGACAACAAAGUAUAUCCUAUCGUACUCAAAGUAUGAUUUAUCACGAUUAAAAAUAAUGAUAAUAAAUAUUAUGAAUAAACUAGGUAAGAAGCCAACAGAGAAGACAAAUACAUGAAAUCACUAGAUCGAUGAGCUGCGGCAGUACGCUCGCAUCGGUUUUUAUUUUCUAGUGAUGCGUUUGUUAGUGAUUAAAAGGCUAUUCGGAUGUUGAGCAUUCUAAAAAUCGGCAAAACAUGUUGUUGAUUGAACAAAUUGGAAAUCGGAAGUGUAGUCGUAGUAGCAGCAGUAGUCGUACAACAGCGAACAUAGUGCUGGCUAUAACGUGUAAUCUGUUGAAUGUUUUGGACCUGAUGACCAGGAAAAAAAAAGAUUGCAAUGGAAUCAAACUAGCAAGUUCUACUGACAAAAAAAUCAAUAGAUACGUAUAGUUGUUUCAGUCAUUAACAUAUAUGUACAACAUUGUAAAGGAACAGAAGUCACGGUCACCUGAAUUACUGGUCAAAAUAGCAAUUUCAAUACGUACAUGAUUUUCUCAGACCAGAUCUGUUUAGCGAAUCUAUUUUAAAUUAUUCCAUAGUCACAGUAUGCCCUAGCAUAAUUUUGGUUUUUGUGAAUGAGUCCCAAAACUGUGGAGAUAGUCAUUCAAGAAUUAUUCAACAGCGAUUGUCGUAUAGAAUUCAUGUCAAGCUGGCUGUUCUUCAAAACUUUUUUUUUCUGGAAAGUGAAAUCUCGGUAAAAUUAGCGUUAGAAAAAACAAAUGGAGAAAAGUGUAAACAAGUGUUGCUUUCAACAUCUAGAACAGCAUCUAAUGUGGACACAGUAGGUGUUGCAAUGAUAUUGGAAAAGUUUGGCUUUCUGUUACCGAUGUUUCCUCUAGAUAUCGUUCAGAGUCAUUUAUUUUUGAGAAUACCUAAUAGAUAUUGAUAAAAUCAAAAAGCAAAUAGUAUUAAAAAUUCAAUGCAUUUUUUGUCAACAGUAAAUGGAUUAACGAUAAGUGCUAGUAGCUAACGGAACCAAAACAAAGAAAAAGUGCAACAAAACCAAAUCACGAUCUUAUUUACCGAAAAAGAAAACACUGCUCGAUUUUUGGACUCGCACGAACAGAAAGAAAAUGUCUUAAAAUAUGUAAAUGAUAAAAAUAAAUUGCUGGAGUAAAAAGAAAUGUUAUCAAUAUACAUUGUGCAUUAUUUAUAGUGACUUCAGAGUUUAAUAUUUAAAUAAACGAGCAAAGGUAGCAUGAAAAGAAACAAAAUUCUAAGAACUGUGUUUACUUAUGACUAGUUUUAUGCUAGCAUCCUAAACACUACAACAUUGCGAAUAGCUUUCGAAAUUUGUGUUGUAGCAGUUCUAUUCCUUUGCAAAAUAACUUUUUUGUUAUUUGUCAGUCCCUAUGUGACUAGGAAGUAUACACUCAGAAUGAAAACUGCAUGCUCUGUAGUAAUUCCUUUGGAGCAAAAGUCGUUCGGUGAUUUGUUUGGGUCUACUUAAAAAAAAUCAAAUAAAUUCCAAUUAUAAGUUAUGCAUACCCAUAAAACGUAUCUUAAAUCAUUCAAUCGUAGAAAUCAAUGUGAUUAUGUGCAGAUUUAAUCCAACAUGACACGGUUAAACUUAAGAAAUAGCCCAUCUGAAUUGUUGAGCCAAUUGAUUGAACAAAACCAAUGGCAAUGAGGCAUCAUCAAAUGCGUUGCAUUAGUCAAGCAGUACAAGCAACUACUAAUAGCGGAUCAAAAUGAGAAUGAUUAUUAUUACUAUGUACACAACAAUAUAUGAUUAAUCGUGGAAAGGAAAUAAAAUCCUGUAUAACAAUCCAAAUAAUGGGCGAUCGUCAUUGUGUAAUUAAUUGAUUAGCUUGUUUAUAAGUUUUAUAUAGUUACUUUUACUUAAAUAUAAUAUAUAUAUAUAUAUAUUUAGAAAACGUGGUCAUCGCAACCGUUCGUGGUAAAUAAAAGCGUAUUUGAGGCCGAAACAUGGUGCAGUGUCACGGAUAAACGGAAAACCAAAACCAAAAGAAUUAUGUUAAUAAAAAUAAUUUAGGAAAAA